GUUUUUUAAGCUGUGAACCCUCCCACGCCCGGUUCUUCACUUCUUCCUCUCCUCCGACGCCGGCCGUAGCGCCGCCGCCAAUAAUGCACCGCCUCUCCUCUCCGGCGGUUCGACCUCUCCUCUCCUUCGUGGCCACCGCGCCGCCUCGCUGGUGGCGAGCGGCUUCUGCACGGCGAGUCUUCCCACUCAUGGCGGCUCCUAAUCCACCUGGACGUCGUGUUUCCCGAUCUCCACAUGGACAUCGGAACAUGGCGAGCGGCAUUGUACAGAAAGGGGAAGAGUUGGAUGAACAGGGCAGAUGCCUCCUCUCCCCUUCUGCCAACGACGGCAAAUGUGAUAGAACUGAGGGAACUCUCGACAUCUCUGAUACUAAACUAGACAGUGAUGGUGAAGAGGGCUGGUCAGCACAGAUACCUCAUUUCCCUGUCGACGGUAUAUUCCCUCUGUAUAGGUUUCCAAGGAGCAGGCACCGUGAUGGCUCUAUAUACAGGGGCACGGAUAGCUGGAAAGAAGAAUUUGGUACUGCAAACCGUAACGAGAGUAAGUGAUCAAUAUCUCUUCUCCCAUUUUAGUUUUUUAGUAUAUUUUGCAGGCAGCAUUAACUUAUAUAUUCUUUGCAGAAACCUUGAGGUUAGUUCUUCUUAAUUUUGUUUAUUUUUACUGGUUGAAUGCCAGCGCUUUGCAAAGAUAAAUGGAAAUCUUGUCACUUGUCAGUUGCUACUUAGGAGUUGCAUUGUUAGAUGUUUGCAGAAGUAGGAGACAUCUAAACCAUCACGCCCUAACUAUAUUGCAGCGUGCG